UGAUAGAAAUGAAUGUGGAAUGAUAACGACUGACAGCGUGAGAUGGGCAGGCGUUGAGAUCAGCUUUAACUUCCCCCGUUGGCGGCUCAGCUUCGAAAUGGAUGAGUUCCAUCCAUUCAUUGAGGCUCUGCUGCCCCAGGUCCGUGCCUUUGCCUACACAUGGUUCAACCUCCAGGCCAGGAAAAGGAAGUACUUCAAAAAACAUGAGAAAAGGAUGACCAAAGAAGAAGAGAGAGUUGUAAAAGAUGAACUGCUGGGGGAGAAGGCAGAGGUGAAACAGAAGUGGGCCAGCCGUCUUUUGGCCAAGCUAAGAAAGGACAUUAGACCUGAAUGCAGAGAAGACUUUGUCCUGUCAAUCACUGGAAAGAAAGCUGCAUGCUGCGUCCUGUCAAACCCUGACCAGAAAGGCAAAAUGAGACGCAUAGACUGUCUCCGACAAGCUGACAAGGUGUGGAGGUUGGACCUGGUGAUGGUCAUCCUGUUUAAAGGAAUCCCAUUGGAAAGCACAGAUGGAGAGCGGCUGGUCAAGGGAGGACAGUGCUCCAAUCCAGUACUCUGUGUCCAGCCUAGACACAUCUCUGUCUCUGUCAAAGAGCUUGACCUCUACCUCGCUUACUAUGUGCAAGAGAGAGAGGCAGAUCAGAGCAGCAGUCCCAGUCGUACAGGUGUGGGUUCUGACCAGGAGGACAGUCGAACUACCACAAUGGAUGGUCCAGAGUUCCAGGAGAGUUUUGUGACAUCAGGCGUUUUCAGUGUCACUGAGCUGGUCCAGGUCUCAAGAACUCCAGUAGUCACAGGAGUAGGACCUAGUUUCUCUAUGGGGGAGCUCCAGGGUCAUCUGGCAUACGACCUCAACCAGUCUGUCAACCAGCCAGUCAGCCUCAGACGAUCACUGGCCAGCACCUCAUCCAGCGGGAGUAAGCGUCAUAAGUCUGGCUCUAUGGAGGAAGAGGCUGACAGUCCAGGAGGGGAGUAUUACCCCUCACCUUCCUCUCCUGCCAGCAGCUCCAGGAACUGGACUGAUGACAUGGAAGGAGGUCUGUCUCCUCCAGUGAAGAAAGCAGAGCUGGACAGUCCCUCUUCCCAGGAAGACUCACCAAGACUAGGCUCCUUCACUCAGCACCACCGGCCAGUCAUAGCUGUUCACAGUGGUCUGUCUCGGAGUCCCCACCCCUCGUCAUCUAUUCAUUUCUCACCCUCGUCCUAUUUCCCCCAUGGAGCGAUCCGCUAUCCUCCUCACCUAGCCCAGGACCCCCUCAAAGAUCUGGUCUCAUUGGCCUGCGACCCUGCCAAUCAAACCCCAAGCUCACUGAAUGGCAACAAUCAAGGGAAAGUGCCCAGUCACUACAUAUCCUCUCAGAUGUGCCCCCCUGGACCUGCACCCUCCCUUGCUCCUCCUCCAUCCUCCUUACCCAGGCCGACUCUGCCUGCAGAGUCAAAGGCCACUAGCACCUCCUCUGAUGGGGGAGCAAACUCCCCCACAUCACCCAUCUUGGUAUCUGGGCAACUAAGUGAACUGUGGAGGAAAGGUGAUUGUCAAAGCAGCACUGUCCUGGAGGAAAGGAAACGAUGCUGUCAUGACAUUACCAGAGGAAAAAUAUAUUCAUCUUUAUAG